AUGCAGCCAUUAGCAGGGUAUGGGGUGUCAAAAGUCCUAGAAUCUGGACACUCAGAUUAUAAGAAAGGUGACUUAGUGUGGGGAUUUACAAAAUGGGAAGAAUUCAGCUUGGUCUCUCCAACUUUACUUUUCAAGAUUGAGCACACUGAUGUCCCACUCUCAUAUUAUACUGGUAUACUUGGUAUGCCAGGAAUGACUGCUUAUGCUGGUUUCUUUGAAUUAGGCUCUCCAAAGAAAGGAGAGAAUGUUUUUGUUUCAGCUGCCUCUGGUGCAGUUGGACAACUUGUUGGUCAAUUUGCAAAAUUGACUGGUUGUUAUGUGGUUGGAAGUGCUGGAAGUAAAGAGAAGGUGGAUCUUUUGAAGAACAAAUUAGGAUUUAAUGAAGCCUUUAACUAUAAAGAAGAGUCAGACCUUGAUGCAACUUUGAAAAAAUACUUUCCAGAAGGCAUUGACAUUUACUUUGAGAAUGUUGGGGGCAAGACACUUGAUGCAGUACUCCUGAAUAUGAGGGUCCACGGUCGUAUACCUAUUUGUGGAAUGGUCUCACAAUAUAAUCUUACACAACCUGAAGGUGUAACAAAUUUGCCAAAUAUCAUAUUUAAGCGGGUUCGCAUGGAAGCAUUUUUUGUAAAUGAUUUCUAUCACUUAUAUCCCAAGUUUUUGGAGUUUCUCUUACCUUAUAUUAAAGAAGGAAAGAUUUUGUAUUUGGAAGACUUAGCCGAGGGACUUGAGAAUGGCCCUAAAGCCUUGGUUGGCCUCUUUAGUGGUCGCAAUGUUGGUAAACAAGUGCUAGUUGUUGCUCAUGACUAAAUGCAGAUAAUUUAAGUUCUUGUUCUAUUCUUGUGUUGAAUAUUCAAGCCUCAUGGUGUGGCUUUUACAAUCAUCAUUUUGAUUGUGGUAGUACUUGGCUUGUUCUAUUUGCUCGUUUAUUUAUUUUGUUUAAGCACGUUGAACAGACCUUGAUUUUUUUUUGGCAAUAGUGAACAUUUGUGUUUUUUGAUGUUGUAAACAUUAGGUCUAUAAAUAUUUUUGUUUAUUGAAAAUUCAUCUCCUCUCUUUGAGAAAUAUUCCUAAAUUAUUAAAAGUAUAU